GGCUUCGCAAGCUUGUGGAAAGCCGCAAUGAUGCCAAAGAGUUCGGUGCAGAACAUGCACCUCUUGACAUAGGGAUUGUCAUGGCAAAGACUCGACCUGAAAAUGUCAAUUGGCUACUGGAACUUCAUCAGAACUUGCCAUUUCGGCCUUUCAUCUACUCUGUAGAUUCGUCUGUCGAGCCUGGUUGUCUGGCCCCACGCUCAAGAAGAGGCAGAGAAACUGCAGCGUAUCUGUCUUACAUAAUCGACAACUAUGAUUCAUUACCAGAAUAUUCUAUAUUCAUCCACGCCAAAGAUGAGCAAUGGCACAACGAUGUUCUUGGACAAAAGGCACCCGAUACGAUCAAGGCCCUUCGCUUUCAACACAUCAACGCCACUGGUUUCGUCAACCUACGCUGCACAUUGUUUCCUGGAUGUCCACUCGGGCUAAACCCUCUGGAUCCUACUGAGCAGGAUAUCCGCAACAAAGAUACGAGAGCUUUCUUCGCCGAUAUAUACAUGGAGCUUUUCGACGUCACGCGCGAGAAGGUACCAAAGCAUAUUGGCAAUGUCUGCUGUGCACAAUUUGCUGUCACCAGAUCUCGCAUCGUGCGGCGGCCAAAGUCAGAUUACGAGAGGAUGCUCAGAUGGACUGAGCUGACUCAACAAGCUGACUUUGCAGUGGGCUGGGUGUUUGAGAAGCUGUGGGAUAUCAUUUUUGGAAUGGACGCUAUAAAUUGUCCUGACUAUGAGCAGUGUCGCUGUGAUUUAUAUGGAUGGUGCGGACCCUUAUCAUCAGGGAAAGUUCUGAUACCUAACUUUACU